ACUUGAAAUGACUUGGUCAUUAUAGACAUUUUACUUUUUCAAUUAUCCCAAGUCGCUCUUAUAAAUAUCUCGCAGUUCAACACUUUAAUAAGAAUGUUCUUCUACCCUAGAUGUAUCCAGAGUAUCAACGGCCUCUCUUAUUUCAGGAUCGACAAUGGACACAUAAGCUUAACGGAAGAAAUCACCCUCUCUAAUCAAGAUUCAUUGACGAAAGGCAAAUUCGCUCCAAAUUUCAUACCCGAUGAUCACAAACUCAGAAUUUCAGGCCCGGAAAGCCGUCACGUCGGAAUCGUGCCCUUUCAAAGAAUAUUUCCCGCCUGGAAAGUCUCUACCGACAUCCACGCCAUUCAGCCGGAAUGAGUAGCUCCGCUUCUUCAAAUGUCCAUCACCAUCAUACCUAUCCACCUCGAUCUUAGACACUCGCACUUUCAUCCCAAGCUGUAUGGAAAAAAUAAUGAAGUGAGACUUCUCAACUACUCACACUUUCCAGCCUCUGUACCUCCUUCAAAAAGUCGUACAAGUUAAGUAUCCUGUCCUUCCCCGGUUUCAAACAAAUCCAUCAAGUCGAUCCAUCCAUCCAUCGCAUCUCCGGAACUUUCUCUCCUUGACCCGCAAGCGCUCCCGAGCUCCCAGCUCUAAAUCCAGGACUUCCGCGGUCCCACCAAGCAGAAAACUCCCCUCACCCCAUGUCGUCGUGUCACCCGGCAGCUGAGCGCAUCCAGGGUAACGGGAAGACACAUUUCUGAUCAGAAGGUCCCGUGAAGUUUCACAUCGUACCCUGCUUGAAUAUCUGUACCCCAGUUUUUCCCCGCAAUGCAGGUCCGGGAAAUAAACUGAUGGAUUUGUUGUGGCAAUGCUACUCGAGUACGUAUUGUUUUUUCGGUUAUGGGGGAUAUAAGGAACCCAUGUUCGGUUCCCCGGAGUUUUGUUUUCUUUCUUUUCUUAAUUCAGCAUUCUUGUUUGCAAUUCUCUUUAGGAAGAUUAUUUUGUUUGGGUCCUCGAAGAUGUAUUUGGGCAAUUUGUUUCUAGUGGCUAGCACAGCCGUCCUUGCUGUUGCCGCGCCCUCGCUAGAAAAGAGCAAGCGAGCGAAGAAAUUCCAAUGGUUCGGUGUCAACGAGUCUGGUGCUGAGUUUGGAAAUGCUGCUCUGCCAGGACAAUUGAACAAAGACUAUGUUUGGCCUCCAACGUGAGUGUCCAUUUGCGAAAUCCACCAAGUCCUCUCGGCUAAUCCAAAUACUAGAUCAACAAUCGACACUCUAGUUGGAAAAGGAAUGAACAUAUUCCGUAAGCCCAUCAACCCCCCUCUGAGUUUCUUUCCCAGGAGAUGAAGCUAACGCACCCGUUUGUAGGCGUCCCAAUAAUGAUGGAACGUCUCAUCCCAAACAGUCUCACGGGCACCACAAACGCAACAUACAAAGACCCCAUGGUUCAAUACCUCAACUACAUCACCUCCAAGGGAGCGUACGCCAUCCUCGAUCCCCACAACUUCGGCCGGUACUAUGGAAACAUCAUAUCCGACUACGCGGGCUUCAAAGCAUGGUGGAAAACCGCCGCAACGCUCUUCAAAGACAACGACAAGAUAAUCUUCGACUGCAACAACGAACCCCACGACAUGGGCUCUGUCAGCACCAGCCAACUAAUGCAAGCCUGCAUCGACGGGGUGCGCGCCAGCGGCGCAACAAAACAAUACAUCUUCGUCGAAGGAACAAGUUGGAGCGGCGCCUGGACAUGGUACGUAACCCCCUCUCCCAUCACAUCCCAUCCUCAAAACCUAACAACCCCAGGGUCUCCUCCGGCAACGGCGCCGACCUCCUAAACCUCAAAGACCCCCAAGACAAACUAAUCUACGAAAUGCACCAAUACCUGGAUACCGACGGCUCGGGAACAUCAGAGACCUGCGUCAGCUCCACCAUCGGAUCCGAACGUCUCGCCGCCGCGACCGCCUGGCUGAAGAGCAACAAGAAAAAGGCGAUCCUGGGCGAGUUCGCGGGAGGCGCUAAUACGCAGUGUACGAACGCCGUUAAGGAUUUGUUGACGUAUAUGGGAGCCAAUACUGACGUGUGGUUGGGGGCUCUGUGGUGGGGAGGCGGCCCUUGGUGGGGGAAUUAUAUUUAUAGUAUGGAGCCUCCUUCGGGGACUUGUUAUUCGAGUUUUUUGCCGGUUUUGCAGAGUCUGAUGUGAGAGGUGGAGG